GGCACCCGGGCUGCGAUCCCCGCCGGUGGUGCUGGGACCGGCCGCCGUGUGCACCCCCGGCCGGCAUGGGCGCGGUGGCCAGCCGGGCAGCAUGAGCGCCCUGGGCAGCCCGGUGCGGGCCUACGACUUCCUGCUGAAGUUCCUGCUGGUGGGCGACAGCGACGUGGGCAAGGGCGAGAUCCUGGCCAGCCUGCAGGACGGCGCGGCCGAGUCCCCCUACGGCCACCCGGCGGGAAUUGAUCACAAGACAACCACCAUUCUGCUGGACGGCCGGAGGGUGAAACUGCAGCUUUGGGACACCUCGGGGCAGGGGAGGUUUUGCACCAUCUUCCGCUCCUAUUCCCGGGGUGCACAGGGUGUCAUCCUGGUCUAUGACAUUGCCAACCGCUGGUCCUUUGAUGGCAUCAAUCGAUGGAUUAAGGAGAUUGAUGAGCAUGCCCCCGGGGUUCCUAAAAUCCUGGUGGGGAACCGGCUACACCUGGCAUUCAAGCGGCAAGUACCCACCGAGCAGGCCCGGGCCUAUGCUGAGCGCCUAGGAGUGACCUUCUUUGAGGUUAGCCCUCUGUGCAACUUCAACAUCACAGAGUCCUUCACGGAGCUGGCCAGGAUUGUGCUGCUGCGGCAUGGGAUGGACCGGCUCUGGAGGCCAAGCAAGGUACUGAGCCUGCAGGACCUCUGCUGCCGUGCUGUGGUGUCCUGCACGCCCGUGCACCUGGUGGACAAGCUCCCUCUCCCUGUCGCCUUAAGGAGCCACCUCAAGUCAUUCUCCAUGGCCAAUGGCUUGAAUGCCAGAAUGAUGCAUGGCCGCUCCUACUCCCUCACCACCAGCUCCAGCCACAAGAGGAACAGCUUCCGCAAAGCCAGGACCGCCCGUCCACCCCAGAGCCCACCUAGAAACUAUGCCAGGAACAGCUGUAAAAUUUCUUAGGGGCUGGGACUGCUAAGCACAGGCUGAUCAUCCUAGCUACUCAAGAGGUCAAAGCAGGGGAUCACAAGUUCAAAGCUUCCCUGAGCUGCAGAGUGACUUCAAGGCCAGCCUGGGCAACUCAGUGAGACCCCGUCUCAAAAUUCAAAGUAAAACGCGGUCUGGGGCUGAGGCUUGGUGGAGGAGCACUUGCCUGGGAUGAGUGCAGCUCUGGGUUCCAUCCUUAGCACCAGAAAAAAAGAGAAGAAACGUCUUAGGCAAGACACUAACAAAAGACACAUUGGAGCCAGAACCACAUCCUCUGUCUCACAGUAACAAUCCUGCUUCAGUCGGAAUGCCUGUGCCACCAAGGCUGCAGGUGAUCGACACUUCUGUGUGGGUGUGCAUGAAGCUUUGUUCUAGACAUGUGUGCAAAGGGAAAUUAGUCCUCUGCUCUUCUCUUGAUAACAUGAAAUCCCGGGUGUUACUUUAUCAUGAUUGCUGUGCCGCUUUUCCUUAACUGCUUUUAUAUGGCUGACGAAAUGUGUGUAGUGAGUACAUAUUCGAGGGAAUUUCAGAAGCAGUGACAGUCGGAUAGUCUAGCGUCAUUGAGAUUACAAGAGGUCCUUUUUGUAAACCUUUUUAAUGUCAAAGCACCGAUUUCUAAUAAUGCUGCAGCUGCACAUAGAUUCUGUACAACAGAUCUGUCCUGUUUGGUAUGAAAUGGAUUUGAUAGAGUUUUUGCUAUGUUGUUUACACAUUUUGGGAUUAAUAAGUAAUUUAUAUGCAUAUUUUUCGGUAAACCUACGUUUUUUUGUACAAGGUGUUCUACAAGUUACGGAGCUAUGGGAAAACAAUGCCAAAGAUGUCUCAGUGAUGUUGAACAUAGCCAAUGUGGUUUCAACAGAGUGUCAAGGAGAACACGAUCUCAGAAAAGAAUG